AUGUUCACCCACAAUGGCAUAGAUUUUUGGUCUGGUGAUAUUGUUAACUUUAUGAAUGGUUCUACUCCAGCCCGUUUCCUAGUAGAAUCAUUCCAUACCAUGGAUAACUCAGCCGUUUUUGUUCAAGGCUACAUGGUUUAUAUUCUGGAAGGCGGUCAGUUCAUUGGCAUCAAAGUUGAAUCUACUAGCAUAAAGCUUGAAACUCUUCUCAGUAUUGACUCAACCCCUGUUGAUGUUGCCCUAUGCUACAGCAUCUCACCUGGGAAAGUCUUUCAUUUGAUUCCCAGACACAAGUCCUUGCUGGAAGAGCCUCAUUUCUUAAAACGGCACAUACUAGACGAAACCGGAAAGCUGAUCGAUCCAAAGUUGUUUUACAAGGUGAGGAUAUCGCCCAUUAUACUCUUCACCGAUGACACCUCUGGAAACCGAUCAAAGCAAUAUAACCCGUACGAAAGCUGGUCAAUGAAGUUUGCUGCUCUCUCCUACAAAGAGAGGUCUUCAAUUGAAAACAUUCACUUUCUCUCUGCUAUUCCCAAGAAAAAGGGGGCAAGUGGGAUGUCCUUGUUGCCUAAAAUCGUUGAAGAUUUCAAAAGGCUCAAAAACGGACUGGUGAUGUUCUCUGCCAAAGACAACGAAAACGUCUUAGUAGCAUUACCACUCCUUUGGAUCAAGACAGACACUCCAUGCCAUUCUGAACUAUGUGGUUUGCGCGCACCAACAAGUCUGUACCCAUACCACAAAUGUUAUGUCCGUUUACAAAGAUCCAUGCCCAACCUCCAAAGCUCUUCGUAUUAUACUGGUAGACACACAGCAAGAACAAAGGCACACUAUCUUGCUGCUGUGUCUACCUCGGGAUGUGGAUCGACUAUUCCAGAUGCUCCUUUGACUGGAAAUGCUCUGACAGCAAGUGAUCUAUGCUUUGCAAAUAGGGCAACAGAUGCAUUGUUGGAACUACAGUCAUUCGAUCCAUCGACAGAUACUCCAGUUGAAGUUCUGCAUAACAUACUUCUUGGAGUUUCUAAGUAUCUAGUCAAUGAUUUGGUAAAUGUUGUACUAAGAAAAAAUCCUAACCAAAUGGCUAGAUUGUCCAAAGCCCUCAAGGAUUAUGAAAACUCUCAAGGAAUGUCAAGAAAGUUCACUCGAGAGUUACGACACUGUGGCUCAUGCCUUGGGAGGGAUUACAAAGUUCUUCUGCAAAUUCUACCUGCUAUCUUAGUUACAGAAUUUGCAAAUGAUAGUAUACUCUCUCUCAUAACUCCAUCUUUUGUCCGUCUUGGCCGUCUUUGCUCCUUGGUGUUUGUUAGAGCAGUAAGGUAUGAUUAUAAUAUGUACAUCGACGAAGUUGAAAAGGCAGUUACAAGCCUUAUCCAAGAACUGCAUCAUUAUGUCAUUACCUGUGAAAUCGAAGGACAUAAUCCAUAUUCCUCGAAGCCCAAGGUUCACCUGCUCACACAUCUGCCUGACAAUCUACGAAGAUUUGGAACUGCUCUACACUACGAGACCAAAAAAGGUGAGCAGUUUAACAAACACAUCCGUGAACACCUAAUGCAUAUCAAUAGGUUAAACACCUCAAGAGAUGUAUGUCUCAAGUUCGCCAAGCAAUCUGCAAUGAGACGCAUUAUUGAUGGUGGUUCAUGGGUGAGCAAAGACAAAAUGAGAGAGAAGUAUGGUAAUUCCACGGCAGAAUUUCUUAAAGAAAACUUUAACAACAAUGUUAAGAAUAUCAUGUUUGGUGGAUCAAGAGACUUUGCUGAUAAUAAUGACACUGAUGACAUUACAGCAAAAGCACUCUGUGACAAUACCUUUGCGGUUUUCAUGCUCAAGGAGAGUAGAGACCAACAUGCCCAUCCAUUUAUUGGAAAGGUCUCCUCUUUGAGAGUAGAACACUAUCGAGUUGAGAGUAGUCCCCACGCUCAAGUUAACAACUACCUCCUCGUGCAAAGAGUUUCCAAUGAUGCAUCUACUCCACUCGAUCAGCUGAAGAUUGUAUGUAAGCUUGAUAUGCACACAGAAUUUAACAACAAGCUUGUCAUCAAUCUCAGUAAAUUUGGCUCCUACUGGUUCUUUGUUUCCUUGUUUUUGAAUCGACAGUAUUGA